AUGGCUACGAGGAACAGCCAGAGCCCCGUGCCCAUGGGCACGGCUCAGGGUGACCCUGGAGAGGCAGGAAUACUGUCAGCUCCCAAUGCCGGCAUUCGGGACACAGGUUCAGCUACUCAGCUGAAGAUGAAGCCCAAGUAUGUGCGCAAGAUCAAGGCGCUCGUUAUCGACCUGGGCUCGCAGUACUGCAAGUGUGGCUAUGCGGGAGAGCCGAGGCCCACCUACUUCAUCUCCUCCACGGUGGGCAAGCGCUACUCUGAGGCAGCUGAUGUGGGUGAUGCCCGCAAGGAAACCUACGUGGGCCAUGAGCUGCUCAACAUGGAGGCACCCCUGAAGCUAGUUAACCCUCUAAAAUGCGGCGUUGUGGUGGACUGGGACUGCGUCCAGAACAUCUGGGAGUACAUCUUCCACACGGCCAUGAAGAUCUCCCCCCAGGAGCAUGCUGUGCUGGUGUCCGACCCGCCACUCAGCCCCAGCAGUAACCGGGAGAAGUAUGCAGAGCUCAUGUUCGAGACCUUCAGCAUCCCCGCCAUGCACGUGGCGUCCCAGUCGCUGCUCUCCAUUUACUCCUACGGCAAGACCACGGGGCUGGUGGUGGAGAGCGGGCACGGCGUCUCGCACGUGGUCCCCAUCUCAGAGGGCAACGUCCUGCCAGGCCUGACUGGCCGUGUCGACUAUGCCGGGAGCGACCUCACCAACUACCUGCUGCAGCUGCUCAAUGAGGCCGGCCACAAGUUCACUGACGACCACCUGCACAUCAUCGAGCACAUCAAGAAGACGUGCUGCUACUCGGCUUUGCUGCCGGAGAAGGAGCUCGGUCUGUGCCUAGAAGAGCUGCGCGUGGACUACGAGCUCCCCGAUGGCAAGCUCAUCACCAUUGGCCGUGAGCGUGUGCAGUGCGCAGAGAUGCUCUUCAAGCCCACCCUGGUGGGCAGCUCCCAGCCCGGCCUCCCUGCGCUCACAGCGACUUGCCUGGGCUGCUGCCAGGGGGACGGCUUCAAGGAGGAGAUGGCCGCCAACGUGCUGCUGUGCGGCGGCUGCACCAUGCUGGACGGCUUUCCUGAGCGCUUCCAGAGGGAGCUGAGCCUCCUGUGUCCUGGUGACAGCCCCACUGUGGCUGCUGCACCCGAGAGGAAGACGUCCGUGUGGACGGGAGGCUCCAUCCUGGCAUCCCUGCAGGCGUUCCAGCAGCUCUGGGUCAGCAAGGAAGAGUUUGAGGAGCGGGGCAGUGUGGCCAUCUACACCAAGUGCUGA